CACACACACACACGCGCGCAAGCGCACACGCACAGAGAGAGAGAGAGAGAGAGAGAGAGAGAGUUUCGUAACCUAGGGAAGUUUUGUGGGGCCAUCGAUCACUGGAGCGUCUUGUGUUUUUCUGCGCCUGGUGUCACAGACACGGCGGAGUCACUGCUCGUCGCCCGCGCGUCACUUCUUCUGCGGACUUCUUCUCGCCGGGGGGAAACUUUAUAUCUUAUUUUCUUUUCUUCCACCCGACCAUCGAGGCAGCAGUGAACCUUCUGCUCUCUCCUCCGGGAAUAAGACUGAAUCCUCCACCUGAGCAGAGCCUGGCCUGCGCAGCCAUGCUGAUGUAUGAUUACCCUCUGAAGACAGACAUGGAGACGUCCUUCUACUCUUCAUUAGUGAAAACCCCCGAGCCGUACAGAGUGAUCUUCCCUCAUCCCGCCCCCCUCUACCACACGCACAUGCACGCCUUUGCCCAUUCCCACACCCCGAGCAACCCCACACACACUCAGCUGGAGCCGGUGGACCUGUCACUCAGCAAGCGCUCAUCCUCCUCCUCCCCUCCCUGCUCCUCCGCCUCCUCCCCGUCCUCCUCACGCAGCUCCCCACCUUCGCCUCACAGCACGGCGAGCCGCGCCUCCCCCCAUUGUUCUCCUCCACACUCCCACCUACGCUCCUCGCCGCACACACCCUCACUGCCUUACCCCACCAUGGUGGCUCCUCUCAUCAGCUCGAGCUCCGGGGUCAUCCAGGGGUCAGGGGUCAUGAUGUCUCCGGUCAUGGUGCCUCUGUCCGUCCUCUACUCCUCGCCUCUCCACCUGCACCAGCCGAUAAUGGUGAGCCCGCCCAUCAGCUGUGACGACGACCACCAUCGAAGCAGGGAGCACAAGACAGUUCACUCUACCAAGCCCCCGGAGCUACGAGGCAACGGCCACGGCCUGCACAAGCCCAUCAAAACAGAGCCUUGCCCCGAGCUUGCUCAUGACCCCCUCAGCAGCCACGAGAUGAAAUCAUCGGUCAUCAGGAUACCACACGAAUACGAGGGAAACAACCCAUCUGUAAUAGUCCACUCUGGCACACAGCAUCCUCUCCCAGCUGACUCUCCUGACACGCUGAAAAAGCGUCGAAUUCACCGCUGUGACUUCUCGGGCUGCAACAAAGUGUACACCAAGAGCUCCCACCUCAAAGCGCACCGCAGGACGCACACAGGUGAGAAACCCUACAAGUGCAUGUGGGAAGGCUGCACGUGGAAGUUCGCCCGUUCAGACGAGCUGACAAGACACUUCCGCAAGCACACAGGAGUCAAGCCGUUCCAGUGUCCUGACUGUGAACGCAGCUUCUCCCGCUCUGACCACCUGGCUUUGCACAAGAAACGCCACCUCCUGGUGUGAAAGAAACUCUGUGCUGGUUUCAGUGUUGGACUGCACCACUUUGAGUUGUUUCCUUUUUAAUUCAGAGCUGGCCUUAACCAUUGGACUAUGAUAGGGGAGGGGGGUAAAUGUUCCUCAGGGUGCAACUUUUGACCCUUUCACCUCAUUAGCCUGAAUAAUGAGCUGGUGUCACCCAUCUGAUUAAACUUCAGCUCAUUUUCACGUUAUUAUAGUAAUGUGGGUGCUGUACCAGACCUCUGAUCAGCUAUGGAGGGUCCCCACACUUGUUUGAAAAGAGGCUGCGACAUCUCAGCUGGCCUGAGAACAGCGUCCUCUUGUGGCCACAGAACCAAACGGCAUCAAACUUGCUCUGUUUAAGCCACACAGCAUGCACAAGCUUAUUUUUGCUCUGGUUCCUCUGCAUGCAUUCAAGUAAAAAUUGUGGACUUAGACACACACACACACACAAACACACACACACACACACACACACACACUUGCUAGCUAGGCCAAAAUAAUGUGAAACUUUGCAGAAUGUAUCAUAUCAGCACCCACUGUGCAUUGUGUCAUUCAUACUUCAGCUUACUUUCAUCCCCACAGCUAACUGUGACCGGAUGCUAAUGGACCACACACCUCAUCUGCCUGUUCCAGCUUACACCAUGAAGUGUAAAAAAACAAAAACAAAACAAAAAGACAGAUAAUACUCGCUUACCCUUGUACAUACAUAAAUGCACAUGUUUAUCAGCACACACUGCAGAAUACAUGCACUUAAGAUAAGCAGCUCGGUCUUGUGGGCUUUUGGUAUUUGGGUUGAAAAGAAAACGGGGACUCUGGGUCUCAUUCAUUUUCAGAGUGAAGUGGGGUUUUUUUAUGUUUUCAUUCAGAAAUGUGAACGUUGCUGCACAGGGGCAUUAUUGUGUUAGUGAGGAAAAGACAUCACUCAGUUGGUUUAAGGGUAGAAGCAAUGAAAUGUCUUGUGUCUUAUCAAUUUUUAUAUCAAAGUUGAUGUAUCUAUGAGCUAUUCUUUGGUGUAUGUUGUGACACCUGGUAGCCUUUUUUUGUAUGACAUUUUUAUAUGGGAAAAAAUGCAAAGCAGGGAAAUGUGCUCAUUCAUUCUGGUUUUUCAGGAGCAGAUUUUUUAUUCCAACACGCCUUAAAGGAAAUCUGUUCUGACAGAAAAUUCCAUUUAAUUCCACUGUGUAUUGCAAUACACUCAUAUGAUUCUAAAGAAAGGUUGUUAAAUAACAAAUAAUGUUUUACAACACCAUCAUCACCACUUUGGAGCAUUUAUUUUUACAUCUCCUGGAGAACAAAAACUGUUUAUUUUAUGUAUAGCAUAUUUGUACAUCUCUAAAGGGCACUUUAUAUACAUAUAUACGUGUAAAACAUUCCCAAAGCCAAACAUUUUUUGAUUUCUCUAUUCAUAGAUCUGCUGGUCUGUUUGAUCAGAAAAAUCCAGCAGGUGUCUUGGGUAAUUUUCUUAUCAAAUAAUGCCAGUGGAAGGUAUGACCUUUGUUUUAUUCAUUCACAUGUACACAAAACAAACAACAAACCCACACUUACUCUCACUUUCUCUCUCACACACACGCACAAACACCGAAUGUAGCGAAUCUGCUUUCUGCAUUUGCUCCUGGAUACUCUGUGCAUUGUUUUGCUUGUAUAUGUUUUUGUAUCUCUGCAAAUAUAAGUUGUAAUAUCUAUAUCUAUAUAUAUGUGUGUGUGUGUAUGUAUAUAUAUUUUGAUGUAUACAUAUAUACAUAUAACAAAUGAUUAUUAGACUGAAAGGGCAAUUAAAGGUUUUGUUAAGCAUGAUUUUGAUAAUCUCAUUAUAAUGGAUAGUAUACAUGUCUAUAAUGUUGUGUCUAUAGUAAAGCCUAUUUCUGUUUAAUCUAAACGUUGGCUAUUCAAAGGGAACAUGUUAAACUGUGAACAUAUAACUGUACAGGUCUAUCUGCAAUGUUUGCAUUUAUUUUAAAAUAUAAUAUUCAUACCACUUAAUAAACUUAUUGACGACA